AUGGAUCUUAUUUUCCAUACUCUUAACAGAAAACUGUUUGAAGCCAAUCGGCACAAAGAGCUUAACGCGAAAUUCAAGACGUUUACCGACGAAGAACGGGUAACGUUUAUAUUUAAUCUUCUUGAAGAAUUUGGCAUCCAGCCAGAGUCAACAAACAUCCAGAAAGAUGCAGAGGCAUCUAAUUUCUUCAGAGAAAUGGGCAAUAGAACAUAUAUCAUGAGUUCUAUCAGUGGGUCGCAACUUGAUCUGGCGUGGAAGGCAUAUUCGAAGAGCAUUGCUCGUGCUCCUCUUAGAUCGAAGGAGCUUGCCCUGGCUUAUGGGAACAGAUCGGCAGUUCUGUUUCGAUUCAAGAAGUAUAAGGAAUGUGUACGAGAUAUCGAAAGAGCUUUGAAUCUCGAUUACCCUAGCCAUAUGAAGUCAAUAUUAUUAUUACGCAAGCAAGUUUGUCUUAGGAAUCUCCAAGAGCCAGAUUAUGAGGAGACGUUUGAGGAAGCCCAUGGAUCGAUGAAGAAAAUGUCUUUGACAGAAUGUUCAGAUUCAGUUCGAAUGAACAGGUCUGAUACGGUACAGGGACGAGUGAAAGGAAAGGAAUACCAUCUUCCAAAGAUUGCCGCGUGCAAUUCCGAAGUGCCUUUUGCCUCCGAUGCCGUAGCAGUCAAGUAUAACGACAUUUUCGGGAGACAUCUUGUAGCUGCUCGAGACAUAAAACCCGGGGAAACGCUUGCUGUUGAAAAACCUUAUGCUUUGAUGUUGAACACGGAAAAAAUGUACACACAUUGUGCCCAAUGUUUAAACGUUGCUUGGGAUGGCAUUCCAUGCGACCAUUGUGUUUACGUGAUGUUUUGUUCCGAGGAGUGCAAGGAGGAAGCCUGGAAUGAGUUUCACGAUGUCGAAUGCCCAGUAAUUAGCUGUUUGCUGCAACUAGACAUAGAUAUGUUUAGCUUGCUAAGUAUGAGGCUUGCUAUUAUUACCAUGAAGAAAGCAGGCAGUUCAGAGGCAUUACGGAAAGAAUUACAGAUUGUCGACAAUUGGAAAGAUCCUCGAACAAGAGGGUACCAGAAUGAUGGAAAGUUUAACAGCGAAGAUUAUCGUGCAGUAUACAGUUUAAUGACUAUGACUGACAAGACAUCUGUGUCAGUUCUCUUCAGGAUGGCAUUAGAUGCAACAUACAUUCUCUUCUUUUUGGCCACGAGGUCUAAAUUGUUCGGAAAGAAGCUCAAAGCGAACCUUCCAGCUCUUGUAAAGAACUCGGAGUUGACCCUUGUCGGCGGAAUGAUGUUGCGUCAUCAGCAAAUAAUUCAGAUCAAUAUGCUUAGGUUUUGUGAACAACGAGACUUUGAAACUACUGUGCGUGGUGUAGCUAUCGCACCAUUUCUCAGCUUUUCUAAUCAUAGUUGUAAUCCCAAUAUUGUUGAUCAGUCCAUAAAGGAGCAUCUGGUUCUAUAUGCUAUUCAACCUAUUAGGAAAGGUGAACAGUUAUUUAGUACCUAUACAGCUUGCUUCUUUACUAUGGGAAAGGAUGCUAGACAGAAGAGAUUGAAAUAUCGGUAUUACUUUGAUUGCCAUUGUCGACCAUGCGAAGAGAAUUGGCCUACGUAUAUUGGAUUGCCAUCGUUUACGCACUGGGUCACUUGUCCACAGGAGGUAAAGAAAAUCAAGAAAGUUCUCAGAGACUUCGGUAGAUACCAGGACCUGGUAAUAUUUAGGAAUGUUGAGACCGAACCGAAUAUGCUGAAGAACAUGUACAAGAUGGUCGAAGUCUUGUCCACAAGCGUGCCUAUGCCGUGUAUAGAACUUGUCGUCGUCAUUCAAGCAAUAGUGCGAGCCAAAGAAUUACAAGGGAACAGAUUUGACAUGCCAAAAACUUAA